CGUGUCUCAAAGAAAGGGCAGUUAAGACGCGAUUCGGUGGCAACAAAGCGUUAUUGUUUGUGCUAUAACAUUGAGCUGAAGGCUUCUCAUGGCAUUGCACUUGUCGGCAAAAAAGUUUCGCUGCCGUUCGCUGUGCUAGUUGGUCCCAAAAGUGAUGUGGAAGCGCGUCUGUUUUUGGAACGAUCUUUCGCUGACCUGGUUCCUUAA